UAUAUAGAUAAACAUUUAGGCCUGCCUUAAAUUGCGUCUCAUCUGUGCCGGAUCAUGGAAAAUGUUCAUUGGUUAAACUUCUUCUUAACUGCUGUUCUUAUGGCCGCUAUUGCAUAUCAAGGGAUGCGAAUUAUUGAACAUGAAACAAACGAUGCCGCUGAAUUUCAAUAUUUAAAGUCACCUCUAACGUCAGAAUCGGAUAUGACAGAAGCAACGCGGGAUUUAAUAGUACAUUCAAGAAAGGAAUUUUUAAAUCCCGAAGUGAUAAAAGUUACUGAUAAUGUUCAUGUGGCUGUUGGAUUUGCAAUAGCAAAUAGCGUUAUGAUAGAAGGUGAUGACGGCCUCAUCAUCGUGGAUACAACAGAAAGCGGUGAAAUCAUGCAGAAUAUUAUGGAAGAAUUUAGAAAAAUUUCAACAAAACCUGUGAAGGCUGUUGUGUUCACACAUCAUCAUCCUGAUCAUGUCUCUGGCAUUGUUGCUGUAUUGGAGGAAGGCAAUAAAAUAUAUCCGAAUCAGAAGAUUGAUUUGUACGCUCACGAGUCAACCAGUGGUUUCAUGGCUGCUGGAGGUGGUCUGCAAGAUAUCGGGUUCAAGCGAGCGUUUAGGCAAUUCGGAGCUCUUGUAAAACGUGAUCGUCUCGCUCAUGCCGGAAAUGGAAUCGGGCUGGAAUUAAAAUUCUCGAAAAAGCUGUAUCAUUUCGAGCAGCCACUACCAACAAUAACUUUCAAGGAUAAAGCGACCUUCAACGUUGCUGGAAUAAAGUUCGAAAUGAUUCACACACCCGGAGAAACAGAUGAUACGUCUGCUGUUUGGUUGCCGGAAAAGGGUGUUCUACUACCCGGGGACAACAUAUACAAAUCAUUUCCACAUCUGUACGCAAUCAGAGGAAGUCCUGUACGAGAUUGUAAGCAAUGGUACGAAAGCAUAGAUGUGGUGCGUGAAUUGAAGGCACGAUUUUUGAUUCCCGGACACACCAGGCCCUUGGUUGGCACUGAAGAAAUUUUCAAUACAUUGACAAUAUACAGAGAUGCAAUAAAGUACGUCCAUGACCAAACAGUCAGAUACACGAAUAAAGGCUAUCUCCCAGAAGACAUUAUUGGAAAAGUGAUUUUACCUGAUAAUCUGGCUCAACAUCCAUACUUGGAGGAACGUUACGGUACAGUGAAAUCUUCAGCGAAGGGCGUGUAUAACCAAUACUUAGGUUGGUUUAACGGUGAGCCAGUAGAUUUGGAACCGUUGCAUUCUAAAGAUCGAGCUACUAGACUAGUUAAUUUACUCUCGACUAAGGGAUCGAAUGGGAUUGGAGUUCUUGUCCGCGAAGCUCAAAAAUCGCUCGAAGAAUCACGCCAAAAUUUUGUAGAAAAAGGAAAUCAUAUAUCUGGAGAUGACCAGUGGGCGCUUGAGUUGGCAGAAAUUGCUUUGAAACUGAACCCUGACAUUAAACUUGAGUCCGCUGCCAAGACGAUAAAGAUUAGUGCAUUGAGAGCACUAGGUGUAGAGCAUGGGUGUCCUAAUGUGCGAAACUACUAUUUUACAACCGCGUCAGAAAUAGCUAUGAAUAUGACGCCCCAACGACCGCAGGCAGCGCGCGCUUUUGAAUGGAGUUCUUCGCCAAUUGAAACGGUUCAUCAAAUGUUUUGUUACAAGAUAAAAGGAUUCGAAUGCCAAAAUGCGAAUUAUACCGUCCAUCUUAAUCUGACCGAUUUAUCAUCGGAAAUUGAGAUAACUACCAGAAAUGGUGUUUGUGACAUUAAUGAUGAUGUGUCUGGCUCACCAUCGGUUGCUCUUACUUUGGAUACACACACUUGGCGACUAUUUCUAGGCGGAGAAAAGAAUUUAGAAUCUGAGAUUGUUGCGGGCACGGUGAAAUUGAACGCAGGAACAAUGGAUGUAUUCGAAAAAUUCAUGAAUUGUUUUGAUGCGAUGGUAUAACAGGAACCGUACCUGCAAUGUGAAGCAAUGUUUUUUUCAUGAGCAAUCCAGUUCACCCACAAAUUCUCAAAACUAUCUGAACAAUGAAGUUGCUGAAUACUUACGAACGAAAUACAUAUAAAAUUUUGCACUCCUGACUUAAAACAUUGUACUGAUAUCAGAGGAUCACAAUUAAAAAUUGUGCUUGAAAGCGACCAACUA